GAGUCCCGUCCUGCCGAGGUCGGUGCUGCUUUUCUCUAUUACUCCAAGCCUUGUCUGGUUUGUACCUUCACCAGUGAGGUUAUCUGAGUUUGGUUUGGAGUGUUAUCAUAUCGAGCCAUUACAAUAAGGAAGUCACCUUUGACCAGCAUUAAGGUGUGUAUGAUGAUUAUUUCAAUAAGAAAUUUUAGUUUUGAUAUGCUCAAAAAAAAUCUUUACUUGACCUUGCUUGUGUUUGCCUUUUCAUCUGUUUGAGCUGUUUGUUUUCAUGUUUAGCCUGUAUUCAGGUAAGUAGUAGUUACGUGUGAGGUCAUUUUAGAACGCUGCAUAUUUCUACAUCAAUCAGAGUAACUGUAAGUGUAAAUGUAAGUGUAAAACUUCUUCUUUAGUUGACAUUGUUUAUGACAUCCCUACAGACCUUCAUAUCCUCCUGAGCUGACAUGUCUGCUCCAGUCCCAAAGCCACGGGCCAGAUACAAGAUCUCCAGGGAUCCUUCCACUGAGAGUAACAUCAUGGCGGUCGAUAAACCAGAGGAAAACUACAGAAAUCCGGGACAGAUCAUCUCAGAAGUCGAUAUGAACUGCAGCAGAGGAACAUGUGAGAAGUUCAUAUGGUCAGUUUCUCUGCCCCUAACACCGUCGGCCUCUGUGGAUGAAGAGAUGAAGAACUUAACAGAGAUUCAGUCAGACUCCUCAAGUGAUGAGUGUCCUCUGACUCCAGCCUCCCCCAAAUCAGACCAGACCCCCAGCAAGGCUGCUGGCGAACACAGUUACACUGACAAGAUUGUACCUCAUGUGGCAAAUGUUCAGUGUGGAGACCCUCAGUCAACAGACCCAUUAGAGGCCAGAGUUGCCAAGAAACCACGCGCUGCCACCAUCCGUGUGAGCAGGAGGAAGCAAAGUCCAUCCGGACUAGGCAGCAGAGUGGAGGGCUCCAUCAGGGAGAGUGCGGUGGCUCGCUCCAGCUGGCUGGACUUCUGGAAGGGCCGCAAGCACAAUGUUCUGUGGGCCACUUUUGAUGGUCAGCUGAUGUCUCUAUGGAAAAAACGCUCGGACAAGUUCACAGAGUACGUGUUCCAUGUCUCAAGCAUUUCCAGUGUGCGUCAGCAGGACAAAGGGCGAUUCUCUAUAUAUUUCCGCAAAAAGCACUUUGAGUUCAUGGCUCACAGCGAAGCUGUGCAGGUAGGGUGGGUAUCAUCACUGCAUGCGUCCCGUGGCCAAGACCCACCAGCACCGCCAGAGCAGCACGGUUCCCUGGUGUUGAAAGAGCAGCGUAGUAAGGUGUACGCUGCCAUCUGCGGAUACAACCUGUGGAUCUACAACAGCAAGGAGGACUUUACUUUGGGUCUGGGGAUGACCAUCGUGUCCAUGAAUGUCGCGUCUGUGAAGCAGACUGGACGCCACAGUUUUAGCCUCAUCACACCAUACAAAACAUUUAACUUCUCAGCCGACUCUUCACGAGAGAUGGUGGCCUGGCUGGGCUCUCUGAAUGCAGUGAUCCUCAGUGCCCUGUCCUGCAGUGAGGUGGCACUGCGCCUCUGGGCCAGCCCCUGGAACAAAGUGUGUGGUGACUGUGGCAGCCCCAACCCAGAGUGGGCAUCCAUCAACCUGCUGCUGGUCAUCUGUGAAGCAUGUGCAGGAGUCCAUCGCUCUCUGGGUAGUAACAGGUCAAAAGUUCGCAGUCUGAAACUGGAUAGUAAGGUCUGGACAGAGCCCCUGGUCCAGCUUUUCGUCAUUUAUGGAAACAAAGCUGCAAACAACGUUUGGGGCCACAACAUUCCAGCUGCAGAGCAGAUCCUGCCCAACGCGUCGCGGGACCAGAGGGCUGAGUUCAUCUACGCCAAAUACCAGAGAGGCCAGUACCGCAGAGGACAUCCGCUGGCCUGCAGCCAGACCCUGCUCAACAAGAGGCUGGGUGAGGUGGUGCAUGGGGCAGAUGUGGAGGAGACACUGUCUCUGCUGUGCUCGGGGGCAAAGGUUCUCAACAUCACUGGAGAUCCACACUGCCUCUCAGCCAUCACUUUGGCAGAGAAUGCCGGCCAGGCACUGCAGACCGAACUGCUCCGACACAAUGAGUUUGUAGAAGCACCUGACUUUGACCAGCAGAGACUGCCUCUUGAACCGACAAGACUGGAGGAGCUUCAUGGGAAACUGGAUGACGAGCGUUUCCUGUUUUCACAGGAGAAUGAGUCUGCAGCUUGUGAUGUGCUUGACCUCAGAGAGGUCAUCUCCAUAUUUGACCUCUCUUCAGGGAACACCCAUGAGUUUGAGGUGCUGACUCUGACAGACAGCCUCAAGUGCAGUGCAGAUGCACGAGACUCUCUGCUGUCUCACAUGCUGCACAUUAUCCGGGUGGUUCUGCCGGGCCCGCUGACAGAUGAGGAGCUGGAGGGGGUUCUGGCUGUGUCCCGCGUGUCCUUGCUGGAAGGAGCUGGGCUGCAGCAUGUGGAGGUUUGGGCUUUACUUCGCCCCGGCCAGCUGCUCAUCUGCCCUCUACUUCCCCAUGCCCUGCGCAGGGCAGUGACCCUAAGCCAGAACACCCACUACAACCUGCGUGCUUCUGAGAACAUCAUUGAAGUAACUACAGCAGGAAUGCUGCUCUACCUACAGUUUGAGCGUGAGCAGAGCUGCAGCAGCUGGUUCUCCCUGCUGCCCAGACUCUCCUCCUUCAUGAGGAACCAGCACCAGUCCAUGUACCAGCUUCCUUCCAGGAUGUGUGGAAGCGUCCCCCCGGAGGUGGAGCGAUGCAUCUCCCACAUCACUCUCUACGGGUUAAAGGUGGAGGGUUUGUACCGAUGCUGUGGUACAGUCACUAAAAUCACUCAGCUGGUGGAGGAGCUUCACGCAUCUCCUACACAGGCCAUUCUGGGCACAAAUGAGGGGGACGUGCUGGAUGUGGCUGGAGCUCUGAAACAGCUCCUCCGCCAGAGUGUCCAGCUCAUUCCAGCUUCAGAGAUUGACAGCUGGGCAGAGGCAGCAGCUCACACACAGGAGACCAAGAGACUGGAGGGUUACCGCAGACUGGUGAAGCACCUUCCCCUCGAUAACAGGGCCACACUGGCAGCCCUGUGUGGUCACCUCUACCUGGUACAGCUGCACAGUCUGGUGAACCGGAUGACAGCUCAUAACCUUGCUGUGGUGUUCGCGCCCACCCUGUUCCAGGAGCUCGCCAUGAGCAGUGACAUGGUGCGCCUCACCAAGGAACUCCUCAUCCAUCACACACUCGUCUUCCUGAAUAAAGAAGAGGACCUACAGGAAGAAGAGUUGAUCACUGUGUUCUGAAACAUGAACAACUGACUCUCAGAAAAGAUUGAAAACCCUUCUUCAGAGGCUCAGAACUGGGUCACCCACUACUCACAUGUUCAUGUUUAGAAACCUGAGUGUACGAAUACACUCGGCCCUCAAAAUCCCUUUUAAUGAACAUCCAAUUUUGUUUCUCAUGUAUAAACCUCAUCUAGACUGGGGGACAUGGUAUGGUAGCUCAGUAGUUAAGAUACUAGACUAGUAAUCAGAAGGUUGCCAGUUGAAGUCCCUGCCUGAUUGCCACUGUUGGGCCCAUGAGGCAGCCCCUUAACCCUCAAUUUGUAUUCAGUCAAAAUAGUAAGUUGCCUUGGAUAAAAGUCUCAGAUAAACCCAGUAAAUCUCGACUGAUAAUGAGCCAUGUCUGCAGUCUGAGGUUACUGAACAUGACAACAGUUGUGGGGUGACUGUUCCUUCAUAACUGGAUUUUUUAAACUAUUCCAAGACUGUAAGUCAUAGCAUAUCUCUGGUUCAUUUUCACCAAUCAGGACAUCCUGUGCUAACAGCUCCUGGGACGAAGGUCCUUUCUCCAGUACAGUACAUUUAGCUGACGCUUUUACCCAAAGCAACUUAGUUACACAAGCAUACACUUUAGGCAACUGAGGGUGAAGUCUCAGAAGCACACCAGCUCCAGCCUAGCAGUGGUGGGGCCUACACCAAACUUCUGAUUACAUUUACUACUGAUUUCCAUUACACAGGGUUCCAGCUAGUCUUGGGACAUCUGGUACUCACUCUAAUUUAAAUUCAUGAGAUAUUCUGCCCCUGGUGCUCAUAUUUAACGAAACCUGCAACAACCGUUCCCCACACAUGUAGGGUGUGUCUGUGAUUCAUUUGAACCAGCUGUGUCCAGUGGGCAUUUUCGAUGUGUAAAAAGCGAGGUAUCGAUGUGUAAAAACAGUGAUGGGUUAUAGACAAUUACUAGG